AGUUUAGUUGUUCGAGUUCAGGCCAACUCGAGUCAUUUCAAUGGUCAUUUGUUUAUUUCAUCUUUUGAUGCUCAUUGCCUGGUUAUGUUUGCUUGGCUCUAUAGAGACAUUGGCGGAGAAUACAGAUGUUUAAAACUUGAAUCUCCUUUAGGCGAUUGAGAUGUACAGAUUUUGAAUUGACACCAAGAAAGAUAACAGGAGACGGGAUGGGUGAAGAUCUUCUCAAGAUAAUGCAAUGGAAUUCAGUCCGUGUGUGUUGGUUGGCUCUUAAUUUGAAAUGGGGAAGCUCUAUUAAUAGUGUUUUACUGGGCUAGACCCUCGAAUCAAGCAGCAGUAUCAGCAAUAAUUCUGCCAAAAAGAAUCUACCUUCUUCUCUUUCCUACACAGCAAGUUCACAUGCAGACUGACAAAAGACUUUCACAUGUCUUUGUUUCUUGUGAAAAUGUUAAAUGACCUUUACUUUUCCCCUUUGCUUUCAGUUAUAUCCAUACCCACCAACAACUACUGAAGCAGUGAAGCUCAUUACUUACAUUACUCCUCUCCCCCACCCUUCAUUACAUAUCCUAAUAUGCAUUGAACACACUUCAAAGAAGAAACAUCGGCUUCUCUCUUAUCUUCCAAGAGUUAGCCAUGAAUCUAAUUCUAUUCUUUGUCUUUGCUUUCUUGGUUCCUAGUUCCCUUCUGCUGGAAAGUGAGGCUGCUCGUUCCCAGCCAACAGGAACAUACUCCCAGAUUACUGUAAUGGGUCUUGUUUAUUGUGACACCUGCUCCAACAACACCUUCUCCAAACACAGUUAUUUCUUAUCAGGUGCAGAAGUUCGAAUCGACUGCAAAUUCAAAGCAGAAACGCCGCGGACGGCGGAGCAGAUAGCAUUCUCAGUGAACAGAACAACAAACAAAUAUGGAGUGUACAAGUUGGAAAUACCGUCGGUGGACGGAAUCCGAUGCGCGGAGGAUUCGGCGAUGGUGUCGUUCUGCCAGGCGAGCCUGAUCGGUAGCGCAUCCUCCUCGUGCAACGUCCCUGGAUACAGAAGCACAUCGGGAGAAAUUUCGAUCAAAUCAAGACAGGCCAAUAUUUGCAUCUACAGCUUAAACCCGCUCAACUACAGGCCAUCGACAAGAGAUGAUACCUUGUGCGCGAACUAGAUGAUGAUGAUGAAGACGAAGCUUCUUCUCUUCUGGUUUCUCUUUGAACAUCCAUGGCUUGGAUUGUGUGAAUUUCAACAAAAUUGUGUGUAAUGUACAGUUUUGGAACCACCCCUCUCCCUCUUCUCUUUACACUUCGGCCCUCCCAUAAUUAAUAUUUUCAUUAGCAGCCUGUGUUUUUGUCUAUUUAGUGUUUCACCUUCAAAAAUUUUAUAAUAUAAUAGGCUAUUAAUUUCGUCCAA